AUGGCGGACUUGGAUUCGGCAGUAACGUGGUCAGAAGAUCUGUUCUCGGUCAAAGAGUCCGUGAACAAGCUUGGACUGCCGUGUAUGGUAAAGGUUGUAAAUGGCUGCACACAUGCAGAUUUUUCGGAAGGCCAUUUGUUAAAGCUCGACUUCGGAAUAGCUAUCAAAAAGGUAGCGGCCUGUUUUGUGUCGAAAAGGCCCGACAGCGGGGACAAGACGAACAACAUAUUUAUACCCCUGGGAUACGAGGGAAAGGUGAGGAUAGCUCGUGAAGACGCGGGCAACAAGAUAUACACGAGUCUGAAAGAUCUUAUAGAGGACUUCCCACGUUAUGUACAGGCGGAGGAAGGAUUCUCAUCUACUGAGGACGGUAGCGGCAAAACGUUGGCGAUACCGACUAAGGCCAAACUCGAGCUGGACAAGGCGAUAGGAGUGGCAAAUCUCUACUGUAAGUUCAAUGAUAAGACAAUUCUUCUAACUUCUAAAGAUAAAAUCAAGUUCCGGUUGUUAGCCGACGACACAACAUAUACUUUACAGGAAGUCGUGGACAGGUUACACUUUCCACAAACCGUCCGAUUUCUUGACCCACAAUUUCAGAUGGUAGCCAAAACAGACCUGAACGGAGAGAGCUGUGGAACCAUCGGUGAUACUCUGGAAUUGAGUCGUGUUACAAGUCAUGAAGUCAUUGUGGGUCUCCUGAGACCGUCAGUGAUUCCCACAUGCGGACCUGGAAGUGUUAAAAAGAAAGUGCAACCCACGCUCGCUUUGUUUCCACUUCAAGCCAGUGCUGCUGUUAACGAUAUAAAAGUCAAGGCUGCUGUAGACAAAAACGACAAAUCAUACAAAUCGACGAUGGCGAAACUGUUUCCCCAGACAGUGGACAGGACACUCAUUCAAGAAAGUUUCUAUGUCGAUAUGGCAAGUAAGGUUAACAUACACAUACAGAAAGACAAUCGUUGGAUUACCGUCAAACCAGCACCAGUCAAAAAAGUGUCUGUUCCCUCCCCUGUGGAUAUCCCACCACCCCUACCCAAGGGCAGGGAGGAACGAAAAAUGUCACCUCGGGCGAAAACACCAACCUCGCCAUCAAAGGAAAAGAUUCAGUUAUCUCCUCGGGAUACAAAAUCUCCAACCAUGGACGAUAGCCCCAAAUCUCCAAAAGAUAAAGAUGGUAAUAAAAACAAAAAGGACAAAGAUAAAAAGGACAAAGAGAAAAAGAAAAACAAAUGUAAAGAGUCACCGAGGGCCAGUAGCGCAGGUUCUGGCAGGUCGAAUACCCCUUCUUCUCUCCACAUACCAACUGAUGAAGAGGUUCUUCCUAUCGCCCCUUCCACGCCCUCACCCUCCCCGCCCCUUCCACCGGAUCUACCUAAGAGGAACAUGCCCCGCAAACCACCGCCCUCGACAACAGAUAAACCAAACAAACCCACACAGAUGCCGCUACCAGACCCCUCGGAUUACGAGACACCACUAAGCAAUACUAAAGCGGUGUCUCCAGUGACGUCACAAGGACAAGAAAACGAGUACUUGGGCCUAGCACCAAGCGCUGCUGGAGGUCAUUACUCAGAGUUACAAGAUGAAGGGAUAUAUGACGACUUGAUAAUGGACAGAGAAGAACCAAACACGAAAAAGGAUAAGGAAAAGGAUAAAGACAAAAAGAAAAAGGGUUUCAAAUUUUUCACGGGAGGAAGAAAGAAAAAGCAUGAGGUACCAAGAACAAGUGUUACCGAAGUGGCCACUGAACCCUUGGAGCGAUCGACAAUGCCGAUUGAUAAAGUUGCGGACAUAUCCUCCAUAGGGAAAAAAACAAAACCGGUCGGUACUGUCAGACCAAAUUCUCAAUCCCUGCCGGAAAAAACCGAGAAACCGACGGAAUUCAAGUCAUUUACUGUCGUUAAACUGGUAGAGUGUUUACGUCAGUGUGGACUUCCGGAUCUCGCAAAACUUUGCGAAGAGGAAAAACUGGAUGGAGACUUCCUGUCUACCUUAUCAGCAACCGAUCUUACGAAGGAGCCAUUCUCCCUUAAUCCUCUACACCUGAAAAAACUGGAGAGAAUCAAAGACGGGUGGCGACCGACGGAAUGA